AUUCGGGAGGAAUCACGUGACCUCCAGUCAGCUGAUCAUCAAAUCCUGCGUCCUGUAGCUCGGGUCAUAGCGAUGGUAUUAUAAUCAUUUAAUCGUGAUAUUGAAUAAACGGACGCUAUAUUUGAACGAUUUAAUCGGCAAAGCGUCUCAGUAGUUUGAUAUAGUGUUUAAAUUAAAGAAGAAAGAUGUCGGGAAAAGAACGGAUCGACGUAUUUCCCUCUAGAAUGGCUCAGACCAUUAUGAAAGCCCGACUGAAAGGAGCUCAAACUGGCCGUAGUUUGCUGAAGAAGAAAGCUGAUGCUCUGUCCAUGCGAUUUCGUCAAAUUCUUAGAAAAAUAAUUGAGACUAAGACUCUGAUGGGAGAGGUGAUGAGGGAAGCUGCCUUCUCAUUGGCUGAGGCCAAGUUUGCUGCUGGUGACUUCAGUACUACAGUCAUUCAGAACGUGAACAAGGCCCAGGUGAAGGUCAGAGCAAAAAGGGACAAUGUUGCAGGAGUCACUCUUCCGGUGUUUGAGCAUUUCCAUGAGGGAGGAGACAGUUAUGAGCUCACUGGUCUGGCCAGAGGUGGAGAACAGCUGUCUCGUCUGAAGAGGAACUACGCUAAAGCCGUGGAGCUGCUCGUGGAGCUGGCCUCGCUGCAGACAUCUUUCGUGACACUGGACGAGGCCAUCAAGAUCACAAACCGCCGUGUGAACGCCAUCGAGCACGUGAUUAUUCCCAGGAUCGAGCGCACACUUACGUACAUCAUUACGGAGCUGGAUGAACGGGAGCGAGAGGAAUUCUACAG